AUGCGGCUCUUCCCCACAAUCGUUAUUGAUUUACUCGUCCCUCUUGCUCCGGUGGCGUUGACCCUCCCGGCAGCCGGGGAUACGAGGAGGGAAAGCGGCCUGGUUGGGACAGAAGGACGGGGACGUCAAGAGAGUCAGGCGGAGGGAAAGAGAGGCUGCGUGAAAGUGGAGCCGCUAGAGACAAAACAGGGACCCGGAGGCAGAAGGACCCGGCCUGGCCUUCUGAGCCAGCAGCAACACCUGAAGCAGGCCACCCGCUUCGCGCACCAGGACUCGGCGGACCUGCUGCCCCUGGACAGCCUCAAGAGGCUGGGCACGUCCAAGGACUUGUGCGGGCAGCAGGGUUUGACGGCUGUGGUGGACACAAGUAUCCCGCACAACUUGGUCUCCACAAACUGCUUCCGGCACUUGGAGGCUGUCGGGAGAGUGGUGGGAACAGGCAAGCCCUCCGAGACCCCUCCUCACAUGGAACAGCUAGAACUGCAGUUGGGGCUGGAGACUGUGGUUUGCUCAGCUAUGGUGAUUGGGGACGACAGCCCCGAGCUCAGCCUGGGACUCCGGAUGCACUCCAAGCUGCAGGCGUUCAAAUGUUGCAUCGACCUGGAAAGUGGCAUCCUGCGGCUUCGCGGGCCCUGCCCGGACCUGCCCUUCCUGUCGGGCCCACGGGAGCCGGGCCCGCCCCCACCCCCGGGGGUCACUGGGCCCUAG